GGCGCGCUAGAGGCCUGUAGGGUCGGGGCGCCUGCGCAGUCGCUCUUCCUCAGGCGGCCGCCAUGGCGGGACAGGAGGAUCCGGUGCAGCGGGAGAUUCACCAGGACUGGGCUAACCGGGAGUACAUUGAGAUAAUCACCAGCAGCAUCAAGAAAAUCGCGGACUUUCUCAACUCGUUCGAUAUGUCUUGUCGUUCAAGACUUGCAACACUAAACGAGAAAUUGACAGCCCUUGAACGGAGAAUAGAGUACAUUGAAGCACGGGUGACAAAAGGUCACCUUUGGCUCUUCAGAGAUGCAGGGACACACGAUGGGCUUCUGGUUAACCAAACUGAAUUAUUUGUGCCAUCUCUCAAUGUUGACGGACAGCCUAUUUUUGCCAAUAUCACACUGCCAGAGUCUCACUGUGUCACCCAGGCUGGAGUGCAGUGGUGUAUGAUCUUGGCUCACUGCAACCUCUGCCUCUUGGGUUCAAGCGAUUCUCCUACUUCAGCAGCUGGGACUACAGUGUAUACUCUGAAAGAACGAUGCCUCCAAGUUGUCCGGAGCCUAGUCAAGCCUGAGAAUUACAGGAGACUGGACAUUGUCAGGUCGCUCUACGAAGAUCUGGAAGACCACCCAAAUGUGCAGAAAGACCUGGAGCGGCUGACGCAGGAGCACAUUGCAAAUCAACGGAUGGGAGAUUGAAGAUUUCUGUUGAAACGUACACUCUUUCAUCUCAGCUUUUGAUGGUACUGAUGAGUCUUGAUCUACAUACAGGACUGCUUCCUUACUCAGUUUCAAAGUGUCUCAUUCUCAGAGUAAAAUAGGCACCAUUGCUUAAAAGAAGGUUGACUGACUUAACUAGGCAUUGUGAUGUUUAGGGGCAAACAUCACAAAAUGUAAUUUAAUGCCUGCCUAUUAGAGAAGUAUUUAUCAGGAGAAGGUGGUGGCAUUUUUGCCUCCUAUUAAGUCAGGACAGCUUGUGUGUAAGGAGGUUUGUAUAAGUAAUUCAGUGGGAAUUGCAGCAUAUCGUUUAAUUUUAAGAAGGCAGUGGCAUCUGCUUUUAAUGGAUGUAUAAUACAUCCAUUCUACAUCCAUAAUGGUUGGUGACUUGUCUGCCUCCUGUUUUGGGAAGACUGAGGCAUCCUUGAGGCAGGGACAAGUCUUCGUCCUCUUUGAGACCCCAGUGCCUGCACAUCAUGAGCCUUCAGUCAGGGUUUGUCAGAGGAACAAACCAGGGGACACUUUGUUAGAAAGUGCUUAGAGGUUCUGCCUCUAUUUUUGUUGGGGGGUGGGAGAGGGGACUUUAAAAUGUAUACAGUGAACAAAUGUCUUAAAGGGAAUCAUUUUUAUAGGAAGCACUUUUUAAAUUUUUUAAGUUGUGCACUUUUCUUGGUCCACUCUUGUUGAAGUGCUGUUUUAUUACUAUUUCUAAACUAGAAUUGGCUUUCUAUAGUUGUGAUAAUAGCAGUUUUGUAACUUGACAGCUGCACAGAAAAUAGGAGAAAAUCUGCAUGUUUGAUUUUAGUAUUAAUGGGCAAAUAAGUUUUUGCUAAAUGUGAGUAUGUCUGUUCUUUUUUGUAAAUAUGGGACAUUCCUGAUUGAUUUGGGUGUUUUGUUUUGUUUUGUUUUUUUGAGACGGAGUCUCGCUCUUGUCACCUGAGCUGGAGUGCAGUGGCGCCAUCUCGGCUCACUGCAACCUCUGUUUCCUG